ACUGUGCUCUCUUCUAGUUGACUCAGUUACUCACCCACUGACGUUAAGUCCAUUCUUAGAGCUUGUGACGAGGGAAAAAAGGAAGAUAUUUAAAAACAAGAGGCAAACAACACGGAGGAUUUUUUCCGCUUUCGCCGCCCGGGGUGAAAUCUGUGUGGACAGGGACCCAUGGAGAUGUAAACAAGGUUCCUUGGCGCCCAGAAGACAAAAGCAUCCACAGACAGAGAGUGUGUGCAAGUUUGAUGGCUCGCGGGUAGAGGAGGCCGUAGAGGGACAAUCACGAUGAACUCCAUCCCGUCCAUGGAUCGGCACAUCCAGCAGACCAACGACCGGCUGGUGUGCAUCAAACAGCACUUACAAAACCCGGCAAAUUUCCACACGGCAGCCACCGAGCUUCUGGACUGGUGUGGCGAUCCACGGGCCUUCCAACGACCCUUUGAGCAAAGCCUCAUGGGAUGCCUAACGGUGGUCAGCCGGGUUGCUGCGCAGCAAGGUUUCGACCUGGACCUGGGCUACCGACUUUUGGCCGUGUGUGCUGCCAACCGGGAUAAAUUCACCCCCAAAUCAGCAGCGCUGCUGUCUUCCUGGUGUGAGGAGCUGGGUCGUCUGCUGCUGCUCCGGCACCAGAAGUCUCGACAGGGCGAGUCGCAAGGGAAAGUGCCCAUGCAGCCGCCCAUGGGCCCCAUGAAGCCUGGCCUGUCUCACGGCGACGGGUCAUUUCCGUACGACUCGGUCGCCUGGCAACAAAACACCAAUCAGCCUCCUGGAUCACUCUCCGUGGUGACCACUGUCUGGGGUGUAACCAAUACGUCACAAAGUCAGGUUUUGGGGAACCCCAUGGCGAGCGGCAACAACCCCAUGAACCCCGGCGGCAACCCCAUGGGCUCGGGCAUGUCGGGGGGCAACCCGGGCAUCAACUCGCCCCAGUUCCAAGGCCAGCAGCAGCAGUUCUCGGGCAAGGGAAACAGCAACCAGGCGUACAUGCAGCAGAACAUGUAUGGCCGACCCAACUACCCCGGCGGAGGGGGCUACGGGGGCAGUUACCCUGGCGGUCCCAACACUCCCGGAGGUAUGGGAAUGCCUCCCCAUUCCCGACCGCCCUCCGACUUCACCCAACCUGCUGCAGCUGCUGCCGCCGCCGCAGUCGCUGCCGCCGCCGCCACGGCAACCGCAACUGCCACGGCAACGGUGGCCGCCCUGCAGGAGACCCAGAACAAGGACAUGAACCAAUAUGGACCGAUGUCUUCCUCUUUCCAGAUGGGACCCAACCAGGCGUACGGUGGCCAGUUCAUGAACCAGCAGGGGCCCCGGGGCCCACCCUCCCUGCCGGGCAACAUGAACCCCAUGGGCGGCGGCAUGAACGCGUCCAACAUGGGCGGGCCUCCCAUGGGCAUGAACCAGCCGCGACCCCAGGGCAUGGGGCCCUUCGGGAGCCACGGUCAGCGGAUGCCCCAGCAGGGCUACCCAGGCCCCCGGGGGCCACAAGGGAUGCCCAUGCAGGGCAUGAAGAGGCAGUACCCGGGGGAGGUGGGUGCAGGCACCAUGGCAGCACCACUGAGCGCUAGAUCCCCGACUACAUUCACAAACAACUACGGGGGCCAGCAGUAUGGACCAAACAGCCAGUUCGCCAACCAGCAGGGGCAGUACGCCAACCCCAACGCCUCUCGGCCGCUCCCCUCGCCCAACUACCCCGGUCAGAGGAUGCCGGGGCAACAGAACCCUGGCCAGUACCCUCCACCAGGUGCAGGCAUGGGCCAGUAUUUCAAGCCUGAGCCAUUUAAUGGUCAGAGUAAUAAUUUCUCUGGGAGUGGAUUCCAAUAUAACCAAGGGAAUAUGAACGGGGCUCCUCGGCCGGUGGGUAACUACCCGCAUUCGCCGGUACCCGGCAACCCCACGCCCCCCAUGACCCCAGGAAGCAGUAUGCCGCCAUACCUGUCGCCCGGCCAGGAUGUGAAGCCGAUAUUCCCGCCCGAUAUCAAACCAAAUAUGAGCGCACUGCCUCCGCCACCAGGGAAUCCCCAUGAGGAGCUGCGUUUGACCUUCCCUGUGCGGGACGGUGUGGUCCUGGAACCCUUCCGACUGGAGCACAACCUGGCCGUCAGCAACCACGUGUUCCACCUGCGACCCUCCGUGCACCAGACGCUCAUGUGGAGGUCGGACCUGGAGCUGCAGUUUAAGUGCUACCAUCACGAGGACCGUCAGAUGAACACCAACUGGCCAGCGUCGGUGCAGGUGAGCGUCAACGCCACGCCGCUCACCAUCGAGAGGGGCGACAACAAGACGUCCCACAAACCCCUGCACCUGAAGCAGGUGUGCCAGCCGGGCAGGAACACCAUCCAGAUCACCGUCACGGCCUGCUGCUGUGUGAGUAUCACUUCUGCUUCGCACCUGUUUGUGCUGCAGCUGGUGCAUCGGCCGUCGGUGCGCUCGGUCCUGCAGGGCCUGCUGAAGAAGAGGCUGCUCCCAGCUGAGCACUGCAUCACCAAAGUGAAGAGGAACUUCAGCAGCGUAGCGGCUUCGUCUGGGAACACCACAAUGAACGGAGAGGACGGCGUCGAACAGACGGCCAUCAAAGUGUCGCUCAAGUGUCCGAUCACCUUCCGGCGGAUCCAGCUACCGGCGCGGGGACAUGACUGUAAACACGUACAGUGCUUUGACUUGGAGUCCUACUUGCAGUUGAAUUGUGAGCGAGGGACGUGGCGAUGUCCAGUAUGCAAUAAAACCGCAUUGUUAGAGGGCCUGGAAGUCGACCAAUACAUGUGGGGCAUCCUAAACGCUAUACAAAACUCGGAGUUUGAGGAGGUGACCAUCGACCCAACAUGUAGCUGGCGGCCGGUGGCCAUCAAGUCGGAGAUGCACAUCAAGGAGGACCCUGACGGACCGCUGGCCAAGCGCUUCAAGACCAUGAGCCCGAGCCAGAUGAUCAUGCCCAACGUGAUGGAGAUGAUCGCCCAGCUGGGGCCGGGGCCGUCGCCGUACCCCAACAUAUCGUCACAGCAACAAGGUGGAAACAGCGGCGAGUACGGCAACCAAGGCAACAAUUUCCAGGGGCACGGGAACUUUGACUUCCCCCACGGCAACGUUGGAGGCUCGUCGGUGAAUGACUUUAUGCAUGGCCCCCAGCUCUCCCACCCGCCAGACAUGCCCAACUCACUCAUGGGCCCGGACAAGCCCCUCAACCACGGCAUGCCGGACUCAGUACCUCAUUCUGUCAGCACUGACUCGCCCCACAAUCCCAUGCAGCAUAACCUGCACGGGCCGUCCCACGGGCCGGGCACCCCGUCAGGCCAGCCGCUCCACCACGGUGGUCCCCCAGGCCAGCAGCCCGGUCGCCAGCAGCCUCCCCAGCCCCCUCAAGCCCAGGCCCCCCAGCAGCAGGCCCAGCCACAGGCCCAGCAGCAGCAGCAAGGCCCCAACAGCCACCCACACCCGCACCCCCACCCCGACCUCGGCUUCAACCCCUCGGGCGGCCUGGAUGGGUCGGGCCAAGUGCCGCCAGAUAUGCCCGAGCCCUCUCUAGAUCUUCUCCCUGAACUUGCGAACCCGGACGACCUGUUGUCUUACCUGGACCCCCCAGAUCUUCCCAGCAAUAACAACGACGACCUUCUGUCCCUGUUUGAAAAUAACUGAGACGAUGAACACUACAAACGGUGGGGGGCUUCCUGAUUUGGACAACCACAGUUUGGGGACAACUCAGUACUUGAUGAAAAGUAAAAAAAAACACAAAGAUGCACUCCCUCUCUUCUUCCUCACAGUGGACAGAUUUCACAGACAAGUACAGGUUGACUGAACUGUUUUAUGAAAACAAAGAAAGAAGGAAAGAAAGUAAGAAAGAAAGAAUUAUGUAAUGCUUCUGGCAUUUGCACUGGCGGCCAUAGAGUGAUACUCUGGGGGGGAAAAAGACAAAAUGACAAAAGAAAAAAAACUGUGCAGCUAUCCUGGGUUCAUUUUUUUAAAAGACAUGUGGGAUCUCAGUGUGUGAAUCUUCUCAAAAAUGUAGUAGCAUUUUUUUACUCGGUUUUAUUUGAUCUGAAGAAGAUAAAAUAACUCAAUUUGUCAAAAAACGUUUUAAAAAAUCCAUUCUGGCCAGUGUGUGUCCUACCAUUUCUUGUUUUUGUCAAUCAGUCAGGAAAUCGUUGUGUAACUAACAGUUUGUUUUCCAGUCCGACCAGUAGCACUGUUUUGAUUCUAGAACAUCAUUUGAAAGCACAAGAGAUUUAUGGUUUUUUAACCUCUAUUUUUUUCCAAAAAAAAAGGAACACAUCACAAAGGGAUGAAGGCUAUCAACCACAAUCGUCAGAAAAGGAGACUUGUUGUAAUCUCAAACCCAGAAAUGGUUUUCAUAUUGUCAUCACGUUUGUUCAAACAUUUGUUUGCUCGUAAAUGCUUGUAAGGGAUUGUGUAUUUAUGGUAUCGUGGUCUACACCAAAUCUUUGCCCGAAUUAGCUUGAAUAAGGAACGUUUUCGAACCUACAAUGAGUGCACUGAGAUAUUGGUGCUUCUUGUGUGGCAUCUGAAACAUAUCUCGUGUGAAACAUAUCCAUCUUAUGACACUGUCAUAUAGCCAAGGGGCGGCAUGAAUUUUGUUAUGUAGAAUUCUAAGCCAGGGUGUCUAUCCUAAAUACCGAACACCAAGAGAUAAACAGGGCCGAAAGCUUUGAGUUAGUUGAUAACUACAUGAGGUUUUUGCAUCGAUGACCCAUGCUGUUAGUCACAGUGUCUUUGGCAUUGACAUCCAUGUAAUGUAAUGUCUGUCUUCACCCACGAUCACUUUCCUACAACUAGGUGUGUGUGUGUGUGUGUGUGUGUGUGUGUGUGUGUGUGUGUGUGCCAGCCAAUGCUUAUGCCCUUGUGUGGAAACGCUCUAUGUCUGAAAGGUUUCUGAUUAGAAUUCUCUAAACUUGCUUGGUUAAGCUUAUUUUUUCUAGAAGGGAUACCUCUGUCAUUCAAAAGACAUUUGGUAUAUUUUUAGACAAAAAAAUGGCACAAGGUCUUUUAGUAAAUUGUCUUUUUGAAUAAAUUGCCACUUCUCACCUAUUCAGCGGGGAAUCGGUAUUUCGUCACCAAAGAUAGGGAGAGGCGACAGAUGCAUGUCUGUAAGCUAUACGGCGAAGGAUUGUUGGAUAUGGCUCAAAUCACCCUUGGUUUUCCCCUGUUACUGAAGCCCAGAAGUUCACAUCUUGCCAUCUUUAUUGUGUUCCAAAAUACACUAUAUGAGUAAAGUGCUGUCCAGUAUGCAAAUGUAUUAUUUUUUAAAAGAAAGAAACUAUUGUAAAUAUCCUUGUGAAUAUUUUUGUAUCGUCUUAGAUGAUAUUUGUCCUUUUCUUUUUCUUUUUCUUUCGUAAAAACCGACUGUCCAUGUUUGUCUGGCUCUGUGCCCUGUGGUCUGUCCUCAAAAAGCCCCGACCUUUGACCUUAGUAGGAUCAGUGGGCUCAAACACACACACACACACACAUAAUCACAGAUCUCUCUGCAUAAGCUAUAACUCUCACAGGUUUGUCUGCUGCUUGUUCAGUCUCUCCCUCUCUCUGCGUGCGUCGAUCAGAACGCACGCAGGCCGCACAUUUUCUUGUUCCAUCAGGGUCACAUGGUUCUCAGGUGGCGGCCAGCUCUAAACUGGACUUAUCCCCGCUACAUGGCGCCGAUCCAUUUCAGAGCGAGCCGCCAUCGCUGCCCAGUCACAAUAACUUCUGGAUUUUGUUUUCCAGGUCCUGUUAAGCAAUAUUAAUGUCACAUGUUGUUAUGUUGUUCACUCUAUCAUAGAUACAAAUACAUUAAUUGUACAUCCACUAAAGAACUAACAUUCUCCUUGCCACCUGAAUCUUAUAUAUGGUGGGUUGAGCAACCAAGAUAAGUGUAUCACACAAGGGGCUGUCGUUGUACUGAAGAGACCGUGUUAAUAUCAGAAUUGUUCGUAAAAUGUCAAUAUGUACAAGUGGUAUUUUAAAAACUAUAUCACAGCCUUACAUGAAUUAAAUAUAUGAUAUUGUUUUUAUUUUUGUUAUCGAAAAUGCAGCUUUUGGAAAAGCUACGACCAUUUUAAAAAAAUGUGUAUCCCAUUUGUUGUUUUCUUUUUUCUUUUUUUUGUUUUUGGUUUGUGUUUUUGGUAAAUUAUUUUGUAUUGGUUUUAUUAUUGAAGUGUAAGGCUAGAAAGAUGAUUUCAUUUUAACAAUAUGUAGUCAUGUACUGAUUAAACACAAAAUCAUUUAAACAUGUUACUUCAAAAGGCAUAUGUGUGUAGAGAGCAAAUUUGUCUCAGCGCAACAUGAUUUUAGGUAGCGUUUAAUUCAGCAUAGUCACUGAUAAACAAAUCUGUGUAUCCUACCAUUGAAAUGAAUCAUCUUGACAACAUGCAGCCACAUUUUGUGUUUAAUCAUUAUAUCAUCUGAUAUCUAUCAAACUAUAUAAUGAAAUUUCAUCAGAUCAAUCAUCCAUUUGUAAGUCACAUGAUGCUGUUGUUUACCAAGGAAAUUAAGUUCAAAAGCAUUUGGCCCACACUUUCACUUCAAAUAAUCGUCGUCAAAAGGAAUCAUUUUACUGUUUUCUUUUUGAGGGUAAUUUUUCUACCUACUCCACAAACAACAGGAGAAUUUGGUGUCCACCUGGCCAGCUUAGUUGUGCCUCGGAGGACCAGCUAGGCCGAAACAGUUGACACCCACAAAGAUGCCUGUACAUAUUGUAAAUGAGGAUAAAGACUUGUUAACAGAAAUGUAUUCAUCUUAACUGGGAAUGUGCAUUGUUUCUUCAGAGUUAUUGAGAAGAAAAAAAAAAGAAAAAGCUUGCGACCCCACCCCCCACCCGAAAAACAAACAGCUGAAAGUGGGAAAUAAUGGAUUUUGUCAGUUUUGUCAGCAUAUGUGGAUAGCUCUUGCCAUUUGUUUCACCUUUUGUGAUACUCUGACCUCUUUGGGAAGGAGAAAGUGGAUAAAACUCUUUUACCUACAUGUAAUAUGUCACCUAUGAGUACCAGCUGAUCACCUGCAUACACUCAAGGUGCUAUAAGGCAAAAAUAUAUGAAAAUAAUUAAGACAUUAUUUGGGAAUGCUCAAAAGUUUGGAAAAUAAAGGAAAUAUGAAGACAUAUAUGGAGGUUUUUUUGAAAGAUUGUAACCAAAUUCAUAGUUUGUACACUUUUUAUAUCAUGAUCUGAUAACAAAUUUAAAUGGUACAAUCUAAGGUGAUUCACACAAAAAGUGGCCAUUGUCUUUAUGUUUGUACAUUGUAUGUACAAUCAUUUCAUACUUAAAACAGGUCAGAAAUAAAAAAAAAGCUAAUCGUGGUUUUUAGUCUUGCAGAACUGUAUGUAGUUAGAUGAUGUGACAGCCUAAUAUUUAUCUAAUAAAUAUGUAUUCAGAUGAUACCUGUA